GCGGAAUUCUUGAUGCUUCUAUAACAGCGCGUCGUAUGGAAUCCAGCUUAUUCGUCUCAUUUGCUCCACAAAUCUCUUUCAUUUAAAUUGUUUUAUAUGUUUGGAUAGAUCAUUUCGGUAGCUAAUGCAAUAUCUCCUAAUAUGUUUUUACCCUGCGACCUAUGCUGUAUUUUAGCAAUGAGUUCAUAUUUAUAGGCUCACACGGUGUCUAUUAUUUCAUAUGGUUCUUUAGAUUCUUUUCAGAAGUUCCCAGUAUCCCUCCAUUUUACCGUAUUUUACGAGUCUCGAAUAAAAUUUUCAAAGGGAUUCUGAGUUUUCUUAGGAAUGGGUGAUGGGCAGCGAAAGUUCACUUUUAAGCCUCUCAAGAGCACUCCCAAAGCGACCACUCCACGCAUUUCGAGCUCAGCACCCAGUAUUCCAAUGCAUAGACCGCUUUUCACGACUUCUGAUAGCUCCCCAACAUGCAAGGAUGAUAAUUCAACAAAAGUUUCAGCUAAGUUUCUCCCUACAGCUACAGUGACUCCAAUUAGGAACAACAAUGAUGUGGUUAGGUCCCCAUCCCCUGAUCUCGACGUUUCAAUUCACGAAGAGUCAUUAGAAGUUCCUUCACCCUCCUGGUUUGACGAAUCUGAACCAAUAGAAAAUCCCAGUUCUACACCCACCAAAAACUUAACACUCCAUAGGCCAACAGAUAAAACAUCACCGGUCUCGGUUAUUCCUCGAACUUCUAGCUUGGAAUCUUCUACUUGUAUGAAAAGUGUAUCUAAACCAUGUCUGCAAAAUAAGUCUCGAAUUUUUCAAGCACUCAGCACAGAAAACUCAAAUUUAAGAUCUCAUGAUGACUCUGUUUCAAUACCUCAGUCAUUUUACAGUUCAAUCUGUAAAGCAUGUGACUUAUUGGAGAACUUACCAAUGAACAAAUUAAUGUAUUGUUUUGGAGAUGAAUUAUCCGUAAUAACAAAAUUACUGCAUGAAAGAAGCUCAAACCCAAAUAUUGUGAGCGGUCACCCUCCCUCAGGAAUGGUGAAGAAAUUAACCAAUCCGAUUUCUCCUACAUUCACAUCUGAUCAACACAUUCGAAACACAAAUACCUCUAAAAGGAUGUUGAUGGGCGUUACCUCAUAUGCACUUGGGAAUAUCUUGUCCGAUGAUGACAGUUGGGCCAACAUUAGCACUAACUCAUCGAAAACCCGAGCCUUGUCGGAUGUUCCUACAAAAUGUUCAAGUACUAAAAAGUCAGCUACACAAAAAACGGAUGAUAAUUGCACCAUACGGCAUUCGACUAUGACUUUUGACUCUGGCGAAGGGAGUGCUUUCCUUCCACUUCAAGCUCAAUCUAAAUGGGAUGUCCAGACCCAUUGUGACGAUCAAUAUAAUCAGCCAGAUGAUGGCUCAACAGGCGAGUUUGAUGGAGAUGAUCGUUUUCCUCAUUCUAAACGCAUGAUGGAAGCAUUCUCAAAAAUGUUUGGUCUACGAUCCUUCAGACGGAAUCAACUCCAAGCAAUCAAUGCAGCUCUUCUUGACCGUGAUUGCUUUGUAAUCAUGCCCACCGGUGGCGGAAAGAGCCUGUGUUAUCAGCUUCCAGCUGUUGUUCAGUCUGGCUUAACGGUCGUAAUUUCUCCUUUAAAAGCACUAGUGUUGGAUCAAGUUACAAAACUUCAGUCACUUGGUGUUCCAGCGGCUCAUCUGACAGGUGAGGCCAGUCUCUCCGAAAGUGACCAAGUAUACACUGCUUUACAUAUGGCCAAUCUCCGCUUAAAACUUUUGUAUGUAACACCAGAGAAAAUCGCUGCUUCUGAUAAGCUGAAAGGAUGCCUAGAACAACUGUACAAACGUAAACGUUUAGAUCGUUUUGUGAUCGAUGAAGCCCACUGUGUCAGUCAGUGGGGCCAUGAUUUUAGACCGGAUUAUAGAAAUCUAAGCAUUCUACGAAUCAAUUUCCCAGACGUACCGAUGAUGGCCAUGACUGCUACAGCUACACCAAAAGUUCGUAGAGAUAUUCUACUUCAGCUGAAAAUGACAAAUACUAAGUGGUUUAUUCAAAGUUUCAACCGUGCGAACUUAAGAUUUGAGGUUCGACCAAAAAAGCUUAAAAAUUGUACAAAAGAGAUUAUUGAUGUUAUACGUAACGAGUUUCCUAAACGAUCAGGAAUCGUUUAUUGUCUAUCACGUCGAGAAUGCGAUGUCGUAGCUGAGGAGCUGAAGGCCGCUGGACUUCAAGCUUCCGCCUAUCAUGCUGGAAUGACAGAUGCUCAGAGGCGAAAUGUUCAACAGGCAUGGAUACAAGAAGAUAAAUGUAAGAUUGUAUGCGCAACUAUUGCUUUUGGUAUGGGGAUAGAUAAACCAGAUGUUAGAUUUGUUAUUCACCAUUCCUUACCAAAAUCAAUUGAAGGUUAUUAUCAAGAGGCUGGACGUUCAGGAAGAGAUGGAUUACCCUCGACAUGCAUUCUUUAUUAUCAUUGGCAUGAUGUUGUCAGAUUACGGAAGCUAAUACAAGGCGAUGGAUCUUCUUCAGUAGCUAGAGGAACUCAUCAGUUUCACGAAGAUGCACUUUAUCGUAUGGUUUCUUAUUGUGAAAAUCAAAUUGACUGUCGUCGUAAACAAAUGCUAUCACAUUUUGGUGAAGCAUUCGAUUCAGCUACUUGUGGAACUAUAGUUGGUUGUUUGUGUGAUAAUUGUCAGUUGUCUGAUCGAAGACGUCUAGAACACAGAGAUGUAACAGAAGAUGCUAUUAAAAUAGUUCAUACAGUUGAAUUGCUUGUACGAUCACGACGCAAUGUGACAGUGAAUUAUCUUGUGGAUAUUUUUCGAGGAGCAAAAACCAGUCAAAUUCAAAAAAGUGGUGAUGAAUCAAAUCAAAUCUAUGGACAAGGUUCUGCUUAUUCAAAAACAGAUGCUGAGAGACUAUUCCAUCGCCUUAUUUCCGAACGUAUCUUGUAUGAAGAGUUGGCAGUUACGCAACUAGAUCAUGUUGUUGCCUACGUUCGUCUUGGAUCAAAAUCAACAGGAUUACUAAAUGGUUCUAUUAAAAUUACUUUACCAGUUUCUAUACCGAAUCGAUCAGGACAUAGUGAAACUAAUGUUGUUGGUCGCCCACCGGAAGAUCGUUAUGCCAAUGUUCGUAAUCAAUGCUAUGAGGAAUUAGUUCAAGUAGCAAAACAACUUACGUCCGCUCAAGGGAUUUCAAAUUAUGCUACUGUAUUUCCAAAUGAAAUGCUAUUAGAAAUGGCUUCAAGUUUACCAGCUACUCGUGAAGAAUUACUUCAAAUACCCCAGUGUACGGAUUACAAAUUGAAUUGUUUCAAUGCAGAAUCAUCGUUUUUAGAAAUUACUUUAAAUUAUCUUUCAAUUCUUGGUGCCUUAAAAGCUGAAGAAAAAGAACAAGAGGAAAUGAACACUCCUCAACAAUCUUUACCACUGACCAGUUCUAGUCGCGGUCGAGGACGUAGUAAUUUCGCUAAACGUGGUCGUACAAGGGCUUACAGUACAAAAAAGGUUUGUAAACUUUAUUUGUUUGUUAUUUUGUAUUGAUUAAAAAAUGUAUCCACCCACUGUUAUUAUUAUUAAUGGCCUUAUUCAAUAUUAUACGUUUAGUACAAUAUAAAAUUAUAAACACGAUAUUUCCACAAGUUUCUUUUACAUAAACUACCCGAAAUUAAAUUAAAUGCUUUUUAAUAAGAUUACAAUCUGUACAAAUUUUAAUUGAUUAAAAUUCAGGUUACUGACCUUUAACAAUCUGUUCGUCACAUACUACAUUUGCUAGAUAAAGUGUUGUAGAGCUUUUAUACCUUUGCUCGUGUGCAUGGAUUUUAAUGUAUCGACGUCUCUUUCUACCAGAAGAUCAACAACAAGACAUAAAUAAAGUGGAUGGUUAGUAUCUGAUAACACCUAACGGGAGUUUGCAAGAUUUUAGAUGCCUAUCCGUAGUCAUAUUAAUAAUGACCUUAAAAUAUCCACCACACACCUUACUAACUACCUUCUGCACUCUCCGCAAUAUGGCAGAGUCUUCUCAAAAAUCCAGGGAAGAAUCAUGGAGAACAGUAAUGAAUAAUAAGUAAUAUGCAAGAAUUAGCAAAUCGUAAAAGUAAAUGUCUAGUAAUGCCGAUAGCAUGCUACCUUCUAUAACAAUAAAACACGACAAGGCCAAUAGAGAUCAGAGUAAAAACACACCAAGAUAAAUGACUUUUAACACUUUAUUAAAGAAUCGCCAAUAAUACAUGAUUUGUGGGAUCCCAACAGUAUGUUUAAAUGCUGUUUAUGUCUCAGGCUAUGGUUAACAAUUUGAAAUUUUGGAGGAUUAUGUGUGAACCCAUCGUUCAAUAAGAGACGAGAACGCAUCCAUUUCAGGGGGAUAUGAGUAGGUAGAAAUCGGCGUGCAUACAGUAGAUCGUACGCAUAUUUAACAAGUGUUUCCUGUCGAAGAUGGCAGGUCAUGCAGAAAAAAAGAAGGAAAGGAACAGUCCCUUGUGGCACACCUUUAUCACUCAGUAGAGACAUUGAGAACUUUCGUUUAAACACAGUAUACUGUUUUCUUUCAGAGAAGUAAGAACACAGACAGUUGGUUAUCCAGCUGACGAUGUUGACGCUGAUAAACUUGUUAAUUAGUGGUUGUCUUAGAAUAGAUUCAAAGCCAGAAGUGUAAUCUAGAAAUGCUGUACACUAUAUUAUGAUUCAGAUGAACAGCAUCAUCUAAGGUGCUUCUUUUGCAUUUGUAAGCAAACUGAUAUGAAUUAUUAUACUCUUUUUGUGUACAUUGAAGUCGGAGUAGCAAUAUUUUUUCUACAAUUCUGACACAAGGUGAAGUUAUUGCUGUGUUUAAAUUCAACAUUUUUAUCAUCAGAUACUUUCUUAGGUAUUGGAAUUAUUUUUCUCUUUCUCCACAUUUUCAAUAUGAGAUUAGUUGGAAAGGAUUUGUGAAAGAUGCUUGUCAAACAUUAACAAAGAAUGUCAGCACACUUCUUAAAAAAAGGUUUGGGAUUUCGUCAGGUCUUAAGCGUAGGAACGAGGUAGGUGACUGGAGACAUUUUCGGACAUCAGUUUCAGUGAAAAUUGGAAAACAAUUAUUCUUCAAACCUGAGGAUAUAGGAUACAUUACAUCAGAUGACUGACGUACGAAAAACUUAUUUAGGUCGCAUACAUUCAUCUGGUUAUCGCCUCUCACAUGUAAGCUCUCUAAAUAUUUUUCCUUCGUUUAUUGGUCUUGGAUUUAACUGUGUUGUACCAAUAAGGCGCUUGUUUAUUUGUCAUCUUACUCAUUCUUUUCAAUUCGCAUUGAUUCCAGGAUAAUUUUAACAUGAACCUUUUUAGUAUUUGGUUAUUGGUAUCAAUGUUUAUAAGCCUUUUUUCCAUUCAGUCUUGAGCCUCAGUACUUUUUAUGUUGGUUAUACAUCAAAAUCAUAAAUGACACCUUAUUAAUCGAAUAUUUUAGAUAACGCCAAGUGGUGGAGGGGAACGUAAACGAAGUUAUCUUUUUGGUAAAUAUCAAUUCAAAUCCAAUCCUAGUUCGUCAGCGUCAUCCAGUAGCUCAGCAGGCUGGAAGCGGUAAAAACUUUAUUCUCAAAACAUGACUUGACUAUUAUUUUCACCUGAAAUUAUUUCUAUACAUUGUGAAGAAAUAAAUAACAACUCUAUUUUUACUAAUUUUUGCGUCCUAUCCAGCUACCACUAUUCAAACGGUUGUAGUUAUGCGAAUCGACCUAAUUUCAUUCACUAUCUCAUGUUACUAUAAGUGUUCUAGUAAUUUAACGUCAAGUUUGACAAACUAAUUGUUCUACUCCUUUAUAUUUUAGUCAUGUGACCAUCAUACAUUCUUUGGGCUUAUUAUUUAUUGACGUAUAAUACAAUUAUCAUUAGAAACUGAUAUUAUUUUAAGAGCUGCUAUAUAUAAAGGAGCGUUUCGUGUGGUUAUAAAUUUCAUUAAUUUUGUCCCUGAUCAAAUAAAUGCACAAGCUUCAAUUAUUGUAAUGAACAAGUCUUUUUUCAACCUAUCCUUGUAGUCCAUUAGUUGCAUGUUUUUGAAUUUAAUGAACUUGCUACUCAGUGUUGUUGGAUAAAAGCAUUUUCCCUCUUAUUGCUAGUUCCAGGAAAUACAUUAGUCUCUUUGCUCACAAUAUCGUACUGAUCUGUGUGUAGUAGCUAUUAUUAUGUACUUGGCAUCACGGACUGAUCUUAGUUAAUCAACCAUUGAAACCGGAAAAUACUGGUCAGAUAUUUCUUUGUAGUAUAGGACUCCUCAAAUUUGCGCACACAGGAGCUUUAAGUUUCUUAGCAAGCGCUUAACGUUUAGAUUACUAAGCCGACAUCCAGUACUUCUCUAACUUUAAUCAAUUCAUGUACGUAUGUCAGUUAAUUCCACAAUAUCAUUUUUUCAUUUCUUAUAGAAAAGCUCCAACAAGUACGUUCAACUCAAACACAUUUCAACCAAAACUAAUGAAACUUUCUGUAAAGCGAGAUUAAUUGGACGUUUUUAUCGGUUAUUUGUAAAGUUACUUAUUGUUUUUAUGCAUUUUGAUGUAUCAAAAGAAUAUUUGAUU